AUGUAUAAUAUAUUAGAAAGCGCAUAUAAUUUUCCAUAAAUGGAUAAAGCCUUAUUAUUUAAAAUGGCUUGCAAUAAUGAAGAUUAGCUAAAUUCUUUAUUAUCUUACUAUAGAGAUAGAAUAAACGAUUUUGAUAAAGAAAGAGCAGAAUGGCUGCAAAAUUUAAACGGAAUAAUAGCUUCAGAAUCAGAAAAGCAUAAAUUAUAGUGGGAGUUAUAAAGAAGAAAAGAAGAAAUAAAUACUUUAUAAGGUACAUUAGAUAAUUUUCGAGGUGUUUUAUAUUAAGAAAGAUAAGAAGUAUUAGCCAUACAAAGAGAAAAUGAAUUACUGAAAUUGAAAUAAUUUGAAGAUUAAAAAAAAUUAGAAAGUUUAAGGGCAAUAGUUGAACCAGUAGAAGAGAACAUAAUAAUAAAUAGAAAUUAAAAGCCAGAAAUAAGCUAUUAAUUUUAAAAAGUAGAUACAAAUAUUAUCAGAAAUAAACAAAAUUUAGAAAAUAUAUUAAAAAAAAGCGGUAAAGAAGGCAUUGUUAAUGGAUAAGGAAAAUGUGUUAUAAAAAAUAUUCAUAUGCCAAAUGAAAAUUUAGAUAAUUUAGAAGAUUAAAAUUAAAAUAUUAGGCAAUAAAUAGAAAACGAAAGAUAGGAAAAAAUGGAAUAAAUUGGUAAUUUAAUAUCAGAAAUCAAUUCUAAAUAAGAAAAAAGACUAGCAAAAUAAAAAGAAAUUAACUCAAAGUCUAAUGAUUUAUUAAAAUAAUCAUAAAUAUUAGAAUAAUAACAUUUAGAUAUGGUUAAAGAAUUAUAUACUUUAAAAAUCACUACUGAUGAAAAAGAAAGAAAAUUCUAAGAAGAAAAUGAACUGAUUAGAUUAAAAAAUACUGUUAUAGCUAAUAAAUUAUAUAUUCUAGUUAAUUAAAAUAAUAAGGAAAGUGAACAAAAUGAAAAUGAAAUUAAUAAUAAUACAAAUUCUUAUAGAAAUAAAGUAAAUUAAAAAGACGAAAAUAUCUAAAUGCUUAAAGAAUAAUAUAAUCAAGUUUCAAAAUUGUAUUUAAAUAAAGUAAAAUAAUUAGAAGAAAGUUUAUCUAAAUUAAAUGAAAAGUAAAAUUGUUUAUAAAAAGUUAAUUAUAUAUAUAUAUUUAUUUAUAUUUAAUUAUAGAUAUAUUACAUAAGAAAAAAAACGAAAAAUGUAAAAUUAAUCUUAUAAAUCUGA